AUGCUUCGUUCCUUAAGGAACGGAUCAAACCAAAUCGCCGUAACCCCUGGUUCGUUAUGGGGAAAUAAACAAUUAGAAUAUUUCAGAAUAGAGAUAAAUGAAGUAAAAGAUUUCGAAAUUUUUUUUCAAGAAAGUCCUCCAAAGAUUGAAAGUUUACCUGAAGAAAUAAAAGAGGCAUUAUCUAUAGAUCUAUCUAAGUUAGACAUUUUAUAUAAUAUAGAUUGGGGAAAGAUAAGACAUAAACAGGUUUCCAGAGUCGUAAAAUCUUUACUGGCAGUAACAAAGACUCAUAGAAUCCUUUUUAAUUACGAUGAAGGAGAUCUGCGGAUACAAUGUCGCGAAGAAAUGAAACUAGAAAUGUGUGGUUCAACAACAAGCGCAAAACCUGAUGUCUGCAUCGAAACAUCUCAUCUCAUGAUAAAACUAUUAAUUAAGGAAGACAAGAACUACCAAGUUUUCAAUAUAAAUACCGUUGCUGAACCACAAAUCAUAGGUGAAGCAAUAGGUGCGUUUCAGGAAAAUAGCAAAUUUGGACAACCUUUAGAAUCGCAGUUGUUGCCUUGUAUAACCAUGCUCGGAACCUGUUCUACGUUAUAUUUAAUUGGAGUAACUAAGGAACUAGCGGAAUGUGUAAGAAUUGGAGACCACCCUAAGAAAAAGACUAUUGUUAAAAGAUAUGCUAUUUCGGCACAGAUCAUUCCAAUGGGAGAUGCGAUGCUGUUACAAAAUAAUAGGCAUCAUAUAUUCCAAUAUUAUGAAGCGUUUAGAAAGUUCGUGGUAAGAAAACAUGUAGAAAUAUACUUUUUUAAACAAGUGAUAUAA